AUGGAGACACAGUCCCUAGAUGUUUGUGAACACUUGUUUAUAUACUUGGAACAGAACAAGCAAAGGCUACUGGUGGAUUUAAAACCGACGGUAGGAAAAGGACUUAUAUUAUUAAGGCUUUGCAAUGAGCUUGUACGUAGGACGUCAAAAUCCAACAACAACGGAUUUCGCGGAAGGAUCAUGAUGUUCUUGUCUAACACUUACGCCCUCGGAGAGGUUUCAGGUGUAAACAAAGGUGGAGAAUGUAAUGUGGAGAAUAUCACAACUUUCAGUGCUUCACCGGAUGAUGAAGACGCCGAAUUCUACAAUAAUUUUUGGCGACUUCAAACCUAUUUUAGUAACCCGCUUAAGAUGGGGAAGGAUUUUAACCUGGAACUCGUUCUAAAGAAUAUUAUUUUGGUAGUAGAUCGGUUUCAAGAGAUAAUUGCCCGUGAAAAGAUAAAGGAGGCAGAAGAAAAUCUUUGUGAAACUGGCGAACGUGACAGUAAAGGUGGUGGAGUUCCUUCCAAAACAAAUGGCAUCAAUCGUGAUAAAAAACGACAAUCGGUCUCUCAAGACGAUGAACCAGAAGAAACAUUUAACCUCACGAAAGAUUAUGUCAAGUAUUUCCCAAAGUAUUUGACAAGCUACGCUCUCUUCAACAAAGAG